AUGUCUGCUGCUCUCAAGUCAAUUUCCUCCAUUGUUCCACUGCUCGACAGAGUCCUUGUUCAAAGAGUCAAGGCGGAGGCUAAGACCGCGUCAGGUAUUCUUUUGCCGGAGAAGAACGUUGAGAAGCUCAACCAGGCCAAGGUGUUGGCUGUUGGGCCAGGGUUCACCGACCAGAACGGUAACAAGGUUGUGCCAAACGUUGCUCCAGGAGAGACCGUCUUGAUUCCAAGCUUUGGCGGCUCUCCAAUCAAGGUUGGUGACGAUGAGGUUAUCCUCUUCAGAGACGCUGAGAUCCUCGCAAAGAUCCAAGAGUAA